AUGCACGCUCCUUCGCUCCUUCAGCUGGCCGUUUCCAGCUUGCUGGCUACCUCGGCCGUCAGCGGCUUCCAGAUCACUGGUCCCCGCGACCUUGCCCGUCCUCUAGCUGGCGUCUUGGCUGUCUACGCUGCCCCGGCCUUGGCUGCUCCUGCCAUUGAAGCUCGGCACCAUGCUGGUGGAAAGGGUAACAAGAAGGGGGCAAAGGCACAGCGUGACGAGUCUGAGCUAGAGACUCGUGAGCCUCACCACGCUGGCGGAAAGGGCAACAAGAAGGGUGCCAACGCCGCCGCUAAGAACCAGCGCGACGAGGCCGAGCUCGAAGCCCGCCACCAUGCUGGUGGAAAGGGUAACAAGAAGGGUGCCAAUGCCGCCGCUAAGAACCAGCGCGACGAGGCAGAGCUUGAGACCCGUGAACCUCACCACGCCGGUGGCAAGGGCAACAAGAAGGGCGCCAAUGCUGCUGCCAAGAACCAGCGUGAUGAAUCCGAACUGGAGACCCGUGAGCCGCACCACGCUGGCGGCAAGGGCAACAAGAAGGGCGCCAAGGCACAGCGUGACGAGGCAGAGCUCGAGACCCGCGAGCCUCACCACGCCGGUGGUAAGGGUAACAAGAAGGGAGCGAAGGCACAACGUGAUGAGUCUGGGCUAGAGACCCGUGAGCCUCACCACGCCGGCGGCAAGGGUAACAAGAAGGGUGCCAACGCUGCUGCCAAGAACCAACGCGACGAGGCAGAGCUCGAGACCCGCGAGCCUCACCACGCUGGUGGCAAGGGCAACAAGAAGGGAGCAAAGGCACAGCGCGACGAGGCAGAGCUUGAGACCCGCGAGCCGCACCACGCCGGUGGCAAGGGCAACAAGAAGGGCGCCAAGGCCAACUAG